GCCGCCACAAAGGCCAUGAUGAGGGUCAACGGGGACGACGACAGCGUCGCUGCACUGAGCCUCCUCUACGAUUACUACAUGGUCCCGAAAGAGAAGAGGAUCCUGUCCUCAGGCAAUGGAGGAAGGAAUGAUCUCGGAAAGAGGCAUUUCCCCGGGAUGGAUUACGAGCCGGAGGCCGGGCCCCUGGAGAGUCCGACCCACCUCAUGAAGUUCCUGAGCGAGACCGUCUCCGGGGCCCACGACUACCCGGACGCGACGGACGGGAGCAAGAAGAGCGGCGGCCUGAUGAGCCUGGAGGCCGCGAGCAAGCCGGCCCUCCUGCCCCCGGGGCCCAGCAAGCUGGAGGCCAGCCCGGCGGCGGCCUCGGAGAGCUACCUGCUCCCCACCGCCGGAGACAUGUACGAAGGGGGCUCCCUCAACUCGCUGUUCGAGGCCGUACACAUGGCCCAGGCCCAGCCACGCUGGCAGCCCGACACCACCUUCAAGGAGGACCCCCAGGAGACGCUCCUCUUUCCAGACAUCCUGAAAGCCUCCAGUGAGACCCCUUGCCCGGAGGAUUACCCCAGCACAAAGAGUGCCUUUGAAUACACCCUGGGCUCCCCGAAAGCCAUCCACAUCAAGUCGGGGGACUCGCCCAUGGCCUACCUCAACAAAGGCCAGUUCUACCCGGUCACCCUGCGGACACCGGGGGCCGGACGGGGCCUCCAUUUAUCAUCAAACAAAGUGAAGAGUGUGGUCAUGAUCGUCUUCGACAACGAAAAGAUUCCAGUGGAGCAGCUACGGUUCUGGAAACACUGGCACUCCCGCCAGCCCACCGCCAAGCAGAGGGUCAUCGACGUGGCGGACUGCAAAGAGAACUUCAAUACGGUCCAGAACAUCGAGGAAGUGGCCUACAACGCGUUGUCCUUCGUGUGGAACGUCCACGAGGAAGCCAAGGUGUUCAUUGGUGUCAACUGCCUGAGCACAGACUUCUCGUCCCAGAAAGGGGUGAAAGGAGUCCCGCUCAACCUCCAGAUCGACACCUACGACUGCGGGCCCGGGGUUGGCCAGCUGGUACACCGAGCCGUCUGCCAGAUCAAGGUUUUCUGCGAUAAGGGAGCGGAGAGGAAGAUGCGAGAUGACGAACGCAAGCAGUUCAGAAGGAAAGCCAAGUGUCCAGACACCAACCACAGCGGCCUGAAGGGCUGCCUGCUCGCCGGUUUCCGGGGCAACGAGACCACCUACCUGCGGCCUGAGACCGACCUCCAGACCCAGCCUGUCCUCUUCAUCCCCAACGUCCACUUCUCCGGCCUUCAGCGGAGCGCAGGGGCCCUGCCUCCUGCUGCUCCCAACAGCGCAAACAGAUUGUCGCUGAAACGGGGUAGUGCCUCCUUCACUGAUGAGUUUGACUCUCUGUCAGCCAAGCAAGUCAAGGAAGACGACCCUCAGAGAGUGCUAUUGUACGUCCGGAGGGAGACGGAGGAGGUGUUCGAUGCCCUGAUGCUGAAGACACCAGACCUGAAGGGACUGAGGAACGCAAUCUCGGAAAAAUACGGCCUGGCCGAAGAAAGCAUCUGCAAGGUCUACAAGAAGUGCAAGCGAGGGAUAUUGGUCAACAUGGACAACAACAUAAUCCAGCAUUACAGCAACCACAUGGCCUUCUUGCUCGACAUGGCCGAGUUGGGCAGCCAAAUCCAGAUCAUCCUCAAGGAGCUGUAGGCCCCAGCGUCGCUCAGCCGGAGGGUCCCCUCGGUCCCCACCUCGGCCACCAAAGCGACAGCAAACCGAACCCAACCUCGCUCCACGCCUCACUGCCUCACUGCCGUUACUUGAACGCCUUCCC